AUGAUGUUCCAAAGCUCUGCCGUUCUGAUGGCGGCCCUCGCCGGGCCGGCCUCCGCCAGCUACGCCUUCUACGUCGGCAAGGACCUCACGGCCGACGGCAGCGUCAUGGUCGGCGGAACUGGCGAGGAGGUCUCUUCUCACUGGCUCCAGCUGUUUCCGGCCCGUGACCACGCCGCCAACGCCACCAUCACCGUCGGCGUCACGGAGAAGGCCAGUAUCCCGGGCGAGCUGUUCACCAUCCCCCAGGUCAACCACACUUACCGUUACCUGUCGAUGGAGUACUCCGACUUCGAGGGCUUCCCGGCGCCGCUCACCAACGGCGGUCUCAAUGAGAACGGUGUCACCGUCCGUGAUGUCUGGGCUCAGAACCGCGAAGAACUGGUCAACAUGACCCCAACGCCCCAGCACGGCAUUCAGUACAGCGACCUUGCGCGCAUCGUCAUGGAGCGCGCGCGUACCGCUCGUGAGGGUGUUGAGAUUAUCGGCCAGCUCAUGAACCAGUACGGCGAGGCAACCUACGGCGGCAACACCCACCUUGUUGCCGACAAGGACGAGGGCUGGGUUGUUUGGGAGAUGGCCGGCGGCAAGAAGCUGUGGGCUGCCGAGCGUCUCAAAACCGACGAGGUCCGCGUCUUGUACCCGGGCUACAUCGAGGACUUCCCCACCGACUUUGCCAACAGCUCUGACUACAUGGGCUCCGACAACAUCGUCUCAUUCGCCGUCGAGCAGGGCUGGUGGGAUGCCAACAGCGGUGUGCCUUUCAACAUCUUCAACGCUUACGGCGAGAAGGGCGAGAACCUCACCGCUCGCGACGGCGGCUUCAAGUUCAUGUCCCAAGCCGCUCUUGAGAAUGCUACUCUCGAGAUGGUUCCCGUGACUGAGGAGAAGCUCAUGGAGCGCGUCCGCGACAAGCGCAUCUCCGACGAUGAGGCUGGCUACGGACAGGUUGUCAGCCUCAAGGAUGGCAUCGACCGCGACCUCCUCCGCAUCUGGAACGCUCCCACUGCCUCCGUCGCCGCCCCCUUCGUCCCGUGGUGGCUCGGCGUCAACAGCAUCCCGUCCGAGUUCGGCGAGCACCGUUACCUGACCACCGGAGCCUCUGGGAGCUUCUUGAACCCGGACUACCAGCUCCAGGAGGCCAGCGAGUUCGCCGGCCGGAUUUUCAAGCGUGUGCUUUACUACAUGUGCUCCGCCCCGGACACCUUCCACCCCAUCGUCACGCAGAUGCUCACUGGCUUCGAGAACCAGAGCCGCAGCGACGUUGACUGGGUCGAGACGAGCGCCAAGCUGCUCAUUGAGAGCGGCGACAGGGAGACGGCGAGCUCUCUGCUCACUUACUACUCUCAAAGCCGUGCUUCCAAGGCUCUUGAGCUUGGCAAGGCCAUGACUGCCGCACUUGACGGAUACAUCAAGCUCAGCGGUCAAUGGCGUGACCCUGUUGGCAGCCAGAUCAACGACGCCGGAGAGGGUGCUGAGACUGUCAAUUGCUUGGUUGGCUACGAUCCUGACCAGCCCAUCUGGAACCAGCCCGCGCAUCCGAUGAGGAAGAAGAGGAGCAUGAUGAACAGAAUGUUUGUCCAGCGCCACCGCUCUUAG